CUGUCAUCGUUUUGGCCACUUUUGGCACUUAAGCAACAUUUUUCAGCCAUGGAGGCAUCAUGGGGGCACCAGGGGGGAGAGGGGUUCUAAUAUUCUGUUUAUGUGUUGACACACAUGCUGUGAUCCGUGACGUCAUCAUCUGUCAUUCCAACAGAAACUUCCUCCAUUCUUGAGAAUAUCAUAGACUACUCACCUUGAUAAUACGUCUCUGCUUCUCACAUAAUUAUCAGACGGUCCAAGGGCCCAGAGACCUGACAGUAGAGACACAGUACAGUUCUGUCUCUACGAUGGACCAAACCACCAGGAUUGCAGCUCUGUCAUCAAUACCUCAUGACGUACAGCUGCCCUGGAUCAGAACCGCUGGCCGUAUACACUGAACACUGCUGCACAACCUUGACUGACCUGCAGCCUGGUACCCAGUACACUGUUGGAGUCUACACCGUGUUGACAACAGGGGAGCAGAGUGAAGCUGUGUCUAAAACCAUCUUCACCAGAGUUCCACCCCCAGCUGACUUGACCAUAGAGCAGGUACAGCCCUCCUCUGUGACCCUGCGCUGGACCAAGCCUGGAAGAAUGGAAACAAUCCCACAUCACUUCCUCAUAACCUACACCAGCCCAGUGUAGCGGGGUUUGCUCGUUUAAAGAUAGAAAUACUUAAUUUAUCAUAAAGUCUGGGGCACCACCCUAAUAUUGGUUUAGGACAUUAGGGAAGCUGAUCACUAUAAAGUUGAAUCUCAGGAGAAGCUUGGCGACGUCCUUGGAACGCCAAUCCUGAUGGCGUUCAUGCCAUGGUCGGUUUCGCUGGAGUCCGAGAUUGAUGGUCAUCUUAGGGCUUUAUACAGUUCGAGGGAGGACCCGUCUGGGGUCAGAUGUGGAUUGGGGGAAGCUGGGUUCUCAACUCCCCCCUCCUUCCUUCACACCUACCAAAGGUGUGAUCUGAUCUCUGGCUGGUUCAUUCGAUUGGUUCAAAUAUUGUUCUGGACAUCUUGGUACAGUUACAAAAUAUAGUUGAAUGAUUGUUUUAUUAUGAUAGCUUCGUGUAGAUACCAAGAAUGACGUGGUUAUCUUUCAGGAAGAAGGAGUUGUUACUAGAAUCAAGAUUUCAGUGAACACAACAUUAAAACAAAGUAACAAACAUAACACAAAUAUCCCUCUCAUAAUUCUCCACCUUGUACUCUUGUGGUAAAGGUGAAGUCUCAAGACUUUCCUCAAAAGUUCUGAUCAAGGUAUGUUCUUUGUUCAAAUCGCCGCCGAAACGGAUAGCAAAUGGUCGCUGGAGACGUGUUGUCUAAAUCAGGCCCUUUGAAGCUUGCAAGCUAGCAGGAGGGCUGAUUAGGUAGAUUGGGGAGGUCGUCCCCCCCCAUUCUAUGGUUCCUUUGCAUCGGCGUUUGGUGGGUAAUCAGCAUACUGAGGGUGUCACAAGGGCUGAUUAGGUUUGUCUGAUGUGAUUGAAUCACUCUUCAGGUGUGGCAAGAUGUUGGCUCCGUGUGGUCUUGUGGACCUCACUACAGUACUGUAGAAGAACUAGGUAGGAGGAGCAUUGUUACCUCAACUCACUAAAGAGAAACUGAAGUAUACAGACUUACAGUACCUCAGCACUGAACAGACGCACAUAACAAAAAUCUGUUUCUUCUCUAAGUAUCCACCAGUUAGAGAGAAUAUCAAGAUUAACAUAUACAGUGUAGAAAUGGCUUCUUGCAGCAGUCUCCUGACUGAAGAGCAAUUCCUGUGUUCUAUCUGUCUGGAUGUGUUCACUGAUCCUGUCUCUACUCCAUGUGGACACAACUUCUGCAAAGCCUGUAUCACCAAUUACUGGGACAACUGUGACCUGUGUCAAUGUCCCAUGUGCAAGGAUAAGUUCAAUAGGAGACCUGAGCUUCGUGUCAACACUUUCAUCUCUGAGAUGGCUGCUCGGUUCAUGAAGUCAGUGAAAGGUAAACCCAACAGCCAAUACCUACGACCAGCCAGAUCUGGAGAAGUGUCAUGUGACUACUGCACAGGUACCAAGCUCAAGGCCCUGAAGUCCUGUCUGGUGUGUCUGGUCUCUUACUGUGAGACUCACCUGGAGCCUCAUCAAAGAAUUGCAGCCUUGAAAAAACACAAGCUGGUCGACCCUGUGCAGAACCUGGAGGACAGGAUGUGUCAGAAGCAUGAGAGACCCCUGGAGCUGUUCUGUAGGACUGACCAGGAGGACAACCUGGACCCGGAGCUGAAGAACCGGUUUGACAACUGUGGCAUCCCUGAGAUCAACAACGCCCAGGUCAACAACAUUGUGCACUCCUCCUUUACCAAGAAGGAGAACAAGGUGAAGGGCAAGAAGAAGAAGAAGAAGAAGAGACAGACCAAGGCUGACAUCGGCACACCAACCAAUUUCCAGCACAUUGGACAUGUAGGCUGGGACCCCAACACGGGCUUUGAUUUGAACAACCUGGACCCAGAGCUGAAGAACCUGUUUGACAUGUGUGGCAUCUCGGAGGCCCAGCUGAAGGACAAGGAGACCUCCAAGGUCAUCUACGACUUCAUUGAGGAGAAGGGGGGAGUGGAGGCGGUCAAGAACGAACUCCAUAAAGACGGUUACCACCAGAUACCACCACCGAACGUUCACGAAGAGCUGCCUCGGAGACAUUAACUAACUGGGCUUUGAGUUUGAGUCUCAAUACACUGGAAAUGUACUGUGUUAUUGAUUUCAAAAGACCUACCCACUUAAAAUAAGGAGCCAUCCAUAAAAAGUUCAAUAAUAAAAAAAGAUUAGCAGGUAUGUACCUGAAAAGGUGAUGUCCGAAUAAAAAUGGAAAAUAAAGUUUUUGGGGGGGAAAUGUGAUAAGAACAUUC